UGUGGACCAAUAGUAUUUCAUAUAGCUACAUUUCCAAGUACACCAAGUUUGAAGAAGACUCAGACCCCCUCCAGGUUGAGAAAGUGUUAAUUAGAAAUAUUAAUAACUGUAUAGGGCUCGAAGAAGUGUUGGGCUUCGUGGUUCAUCAUUUGUAUUUAAGUUUUCACGAAAUAUGUUUUAAAGUGAAAGUGCACGAAGCCGACACUCGUAAAAAAAUCGCUUGGGUAUUCGAUAAUUUCGACAGACUUUUAAACUAGUGAUUAUUCGGUAUUCAUGUGUAAAAUUACCAUUUGUAUAGCAAUGAAAAUUAGACUACUAUAGGAUUUUGAAUGCACUAAAAAUUCAAAAACGAUUUCGUAUAACCCUCUAAUAACUUUUGUUUAUCUUCAUACAACAAAAAUGAUAACGACAAUUACAAAAACUCAACUAGAAGAUGCAAAUAUUGCAAAUGAUAUUGCAAAUAAUAUUGCAAACCUUAGUAAUGGAUCGACCCUUUGUAAUAACAAUGAAGUACAGAAAGUAAAAUUUUCAAGAGGAAAUCCUAUACCAAGUUACGAAAAAUACAAGUUUCUUAUUUGGGAAUUUGACAGACCUGUGAUAUGGACCGGCGUAUUCUUCAUAGCAUUGUGGCAUGUAAUAGCACUUUAUAGUCUAGUUACCUUUCCGUUAUUUUCUCAUAUUCCACUUGCAUUAUAUGGUUUUGUAAUUGGUGGAAUCUCAGGAUUUGGAAUCACAGCAGGAGCUCAUAGAUAUUUUACACACAGAGCAUUUAAGGCGAAAACACCUUUGAAAAUAAUUCUUCUUCUUUGCUACAGCGUUGCAGGACAAAACAAAUUAUACGAUUGGGUUCGUGACCACAGAGUACAUCAUAAAUUCAGCGAAACUGACGCUGACCCCCAUAAUGCAUCUAGAGGCUUCUUCUUUUCACAUGUAGGUUGGCUCAUGAUGAAAAAACACCCAGAUGUCCUUCGUAAAGGACGUACGCUCGAUAUGAGCGACAUUACUGACGAUCCUAUGAUUCAGUUCCAUCACAAGUAUUGGUUCUGGAUCAAAUUAUUUUUCUGUUUCAUCAUUCCAACUGCCAUACCUGUCUACCUCUUUGGAGAAGAAUGGUACUAUUGUAUCACUACUAUCUGUUUUGUCAGAUAUAUAAUAUCCCUUAACUCUACAUGGGCAGUAAAUAGCUUUGCUCACAUUUGGGGCAAUCAUCCAUACGAUAAAAAAAUCUUCCCUUCUGAAAAUUUAGCAGUGUCGCUCUUCGCGAUGGGAGAAGGCUAUCACAAUUACCAUCAUACAUUCCCCUGGGAUUAUAGGGCUGCAGAACUAGGUAGUAUGUUGAAUAUAACAACUGCCUGGUUAAACUUUUUCCAAAAAAUUGGUUGGGCGUAUGACAUGAAAGCACCAUCCAGUGAACUAAUACAGAAAGUAGUGGAAAAUAAUGGAGAUGGUUCUCAUUAUAAAUGGGGUCAUGAAAUAUCAUUGGCGCAGGCUGAAAUGGAAAAAAAUCAAUAAAUUUGUUCAAUGUUAUUUAUAGAAUGUCUGAAAUUGAAUGAUAUUUCUAACAAUUAAAAAGUUUGUGGUUUUAUUUUUAUUUUAUUUAUAUUGGUUCGAAAAAAAAAAUAUGCAGCUCCAUCUUAUUUCAGUUGUAAUUUUAUAAAAUAUUUGUUUGUUAGUUUAUUUUGAAAUGUAACAUUUUUAUAAUGUACAUUUGUAAAAACCUAUUGUGAUGUUUCUCAUACUUGAACGGAAAAUUGUGUAACACAAAUAUUUUUUUAUAUAGUGUAAG